CUUCACUGUAUCAAUAGUCAGAGCUAUCAUUAUAGGCCUGUAAAUGUGCUUCAUAUCUUUAACGCAAGCUGAAAAUAAAUCACAUUGUAGCAGGAGAAUAUUCGUAUUAAUUUGACUUUGUUAUUAUUAUUAUUUUUACUCCAUCAACCAUCAUAGUACAGAUCUUUCUCUCACAGAUUAAAGACUCCCAUGUCCUCGUUUGGUCGGACCAUCUGUAUCUAAAUCUACUGAUCACUUCAUGAGUAAUGUGAUGAUGGAGCUGCUGUCACCUCAUGAGUAACGGUUUCUCCCAUCUGUCCCUUGUUGUUGUUUUUUUACUGCAUCCCCACCACUAAGACAGCAAUUAAUCAGUUCAUAAGAGCAUUAUUCAUACAUUAUAACGACAGUUAGCCUUGUAAAGGAGAUUGCCAUAAUAUUCAUAAAAGUAAAAAAUAAAUAAAAAAGAUGUCAGCAUUACUUGUCUAUUAAUACAAAGUGUUUUAAUCAUGUGUUUGGAUGCUCAGCUCAGAGGGCCCUUAAUAUCAUACCACUCUGCAUUAUCAUGUCAUUCAAAUCAAGUGUUUACAGAAGAGCACACUCCUUCUUCUUUGUGCCAAGUGGCUAUAAAUCUAAAUGGUUAAAUCUAAAGUGCGUCUCACUGCCUCACUCUCUCACACACACACACACACACACAGAUGCAUGUGCUUGUCAUGGCAAUGUUCUUGUUCACAGCCGAGCGGCGGAGAGGAGCUGAAAGAGGGAUUUGUGACCCUUUUCAUCAACUGAUUCAUGACUAAUUCAUGCCGCUGUGGGAGUACAUUACCAUCCAUCACCACAUGAUCCACGGGUCGGCUUCGUCGGCCGAAAACACUUAGAAAUGCACCCAAGCAUGCUGUUGUCACUUGCACCCUCCCGGACUCCCCCCGCCCCCCUCAGUGCGUUGUGUCGUGCCAAGCCUUCUCCUCUUAGCCUCCCUCCUCUACAGAGUUAGCUCUCUGUAGAAGGGCUGCCCACUCUCCGCUUCUACUUUUAAAUAAGAAGAGAGAAUGUAGAUAAACAAAUGUACAAAAAAAAACACUCCUUUUGACACCUAUUAGGAGAUUCAUUGUUGCCCCUACAUGAUGGGCAAACAGAUUUAAAGAUUUAAUCAUCCACCCCAGGGGAGGAUUGCAGUUAUUUGACAACAGUACUGGUGGUUGUUCGGACAUUAAGUCUUUGUGCCCCCCCCCCCCUUCACCCUAAGCAUCUUUUCACUUCAAUCCGUGUCAGUUCAAUUUGAUAUUGCUGACUCGUGCCUGAGGGCGAUUUGGCCCACAUAUGAAAGGGUGCACUUGUGUUUUCCUCCAUCGGUGGAAUGUAUGGCCUAAUUCCAACACACGCACACAAACAAGCAUGUUUGGGGGGGGGGGGGGGGGCAGCAGAGCUAAGUCCCUGUUGGACCAUCUGUUUGUGCUGCCUGGUGGUCUCACGGAAUUGACCAGUCAACAUGUUUGUGCCUUUUGCUUGAUAUGCAAACAUGGUGUUUUUCUAUAAUUAUAGCUUGUCAUUCAAAUUUUUUGCCACAUUCACAAUUUAGUCUUUGAACAGUGGAAAUAUCUUCCUUGCGCUAUGAAUGAAAAUGUCUUUUAAAAAAUUCACAGGUUGAUAAAGAAAUGGUUUGAAAACACUUCACUUGGGUAAAUGCAUUAGUUUUAUUGGACACCGGGGCUGUCAUGUGCUCGGGAACAACAGUAUUCAAGCAAUAUCACACACACAACGUGGCAUCUAUUUCUCAUCUGCCUCGGCGGCUCAGACGGCCCAUUUCAAUCCACUUCAUAAACCUCUUUGUGCCAUGGCUCAGUGCGCCAAGUGCGUAGAUUAUAGUAAUCUGGCAUGAAACACCUCCACUUCAGAUCUAGUGACCCCCUUCUGUUAUGUUUGGCCACAAGCAGAGCACACAUAAAGCGGACGCUGCCUCUCCCGUAACAAGCAUCCUCUUGUCCAUCUGCACUGGUGUAUGUAUCCCAGUGGGUUGACAGUAACACUGCCAAAUGUAGUGUUUCAUAGUGAGGAUGAAAAUACAGGCACUGCUAUGGAAGCCCAUUUCUGCCACUGUGAUGACAAAAAAAAGGUCUGUAAAAAAUGCAAAAUAAUGACUUCAAUGGUCUUCCAUAUCCACCAAAGCAACAGAAGGAAGUGCAAGUCAAUAUAUUCCCAUUAUUUUGAGAUAUUAAGUAUUUCUUGUGAGCUUCUAAGUCAUUAUGUUGUGAUACUAAGUCAUUUUUGUGAGAUGCACAGUGAUUCAUUUGAGAUAAUAAGUCGUUAUUUUGAGUACGUACUUAUUAUUUUUUGAGAUACUAAGUCGGAACAUUAAGAUACUAACUCAUAACUUUGUGAUACUAAGUCAAACUAUUCAGAUAGUUUCUCAUUAUUUUUCACAUACUAUUAUUUUGAGAUGCUUAGUCUGUAUUUUUUUGAUACUAACUCAUUAUUUUGAGAUGCUAAAUCAAUGACCUACGGGAGUUUUUAUCUAAAUUUUUUAUCCUAGUGGCUGAAAUGGGCUUCCAUACUCCUGGCAGCUACACACACAACAGUGCAUGAUUUGGUUUAUUUUAACCCAAAAGAUGAUCUUUUUCUAAACCUAUCCAAAUAGGUUUGUUGCUGAAACCAAAGGAGAUUUCUGGCAGAAAGGAUGCCAACUCCUCCCAUGUGCGGUAGCUCCUGGCAUUUGUCUGCUCAUUAUCAAAGGGAAUUGUUUGAGGCAAUGAUAUGGGACGAUCUGGUUAUCUGGUUUUGGCACCUGCUGAAAUAUUGUUGAAAGCUGGUAACAUAAGGCAUGGCUUUGUGAGUUUUCAGUAAAGCUCUGGCAAAUAAUUUAGCAGCAGGAUUAUGAGCAAUAAGACCAGCAUCAGUGUCGAAUUGCCACCAUUAGAGAAAUAUUUUUUGACAUUAUGACCCGGUAGGAUUGCUGCUGUAGCGAUGUUGCAGCAUUUAGCUACUAAUAAAAAGGGCAGUAAGGACAUUUUAUGGCCUGUUAGCAUUAAAUAACUAUGAUAGUGUAGCUGUGGAGGGUUGAUGAUGAGCUGGGCUGCUGAGAUUUAUGGCUCCCAAAACUCUCUGUCUCUUUCUGGUCCAGACGGCAUAAGGACAGUCACUUCAGUGGAGAAAAUUUAUAGCAGGGUAAAAUGUGAAGGAAGAUUCCUUGGGCGCUGGCCAGUCCUAGCAGACUUUUACAGCUCUACAAAGUAGGUACUGUUGGUACUGAGAAGUUUCUUUGAAGUACUGUUCAUGGAUUCAUCUCUAGUUGUUGGGGCUCAGAUUUGUACAGGUCCAUGCCAUCAUACAUUUUUGUUUCUGGUCACAAAUGUGCUUUUUUAACCCACUGCUAUGCCACCUUUACAGCUGAAUGACUGCAGGUGUUCAAUACAACCCAUCAGAAAACACACUGCCUAUCAUUGAAAGUGAUUGUUAAUGUUGUGUUUAUUUUGGGGUUCCCUCCACAAGCACCACAUUCCUUUUAGAAAACCUAAUUUUACUGCAGCGGGUGUCUGACAGUCUGCUACACGCAGUCCUGGUUCUGGUUCUCCCGUGACUCCCUUCCCUCCAGCAGGCCCAGCAAUACGGCCUGGGCCUCCAGCAGCACAGUGUCGAUGUUAGCUCCCAGGGGCGACCGAUGGAGCAGCGAGGCAAAGCUCUGCUCCUGGCUGGAGGAGGGUGCUGAACUCUCCUCCGGCAGCUAACCCCGAUCUGGGUCGGUCCAGGGCAGGCUGUUUGCUUCCGGAGGCCCCGCUAAAGUCUGAGCUGAACCUCUUUCUUGUGAACCUGCAUGAUUUUAUCUGAUCUCUUUACACUAUGUCACCUGUCCUGAGUUAAAGUGAGUUAUAUGCAAUUUACAGUGCAUUCGUUUUCAUAGGUAUAGCUACGAACAGUGUAUGAAAACAGCCUGCAAGCAUUGAUCCUUGAUUCUGCUUUUGACCUAAAGGUCCAGGUUAACAGCGUGCUGAGUCGUCAGUACAUGACCCAGGCGGUGGUGGAGGUCUACAUCAACUACACCAUUACCAACACAGCUCUUACUGGGGAGGACGGCGGUGUUUUGCUCCAUGUACCUUACCAGACUGGGAUGCCAAUCACAAUUGUGGCCAGCAAGGACGGCUACAUUUGCACACUGCUGCCUUGUAAAACCAACAGAAUGCCAAUAUUUUCGUCUGUGACCAUGUCACUAUUUGGUCUGAAUCAGGGGAACAUCUGGCUCUUCGAUGAUUCUGUCCUUAUCACUGGCAAAACAUCUGAUGCUGCAUCACAGCCUAUUGUCCAGUUUCCCAAGAGCCUGCUGAAUCUGACAGACAGCAGUAAUGCCACCUCUGUUAAAGCGUACCUGACCAUCCCCAAGCUGCCGUCAAAGGAGGACAGCUUUCUUCAUACGUUGGGCAUCAUGAGCAGUAAAUCUGGAUACGUCAGUGUGGAGUUGAGUCCGGUUGCGGCUGUCAGUGUGCAGCUUUUCUCAGGAGACACGGAGCUGCAUGUGAGUGGGCCCAUACAGAUCAGCCUCAGCAUUCCAGACAGCUGUGGGCUUCAGACUUCCAAUGUUGUUCCAGCAUGGUUCCUUAACCGGACCACUGGUGGAUGGAUGAGAAAGGGGCUCGGGACGGUGGUGGUGUCAGUAGACGGAAAACUCAUGUGGACAUUCACAGCACCUCACCUUGGUUACUGGAUUGCAGCACCUUUGUCAUCCACCAGAGGUUUCUUCAGACUUGCCAUCCCCUUUGACUUCAUCUCACACCAUUCAUCUCUCCUGAUGGUUGUCCUUGGAGGAAUGCUUGUUAUUGUCACCUGUCUCCUGGUUGGGUUGUUGUUUUAUCGCAGACGUUCACUCAGUGAAACUAAAACAAAGAUCCUACCAGCGAUGAGAAAAGACCAAACCACCUCAACAUGUGAGGGUGAAGACUUUGAAGUAUCUUCAGUGGAUUCCUUUCAUCUACAGGGUGGAAUGAACCAUUCAUUCGCAGAAAGGGGGGAUAAUCGGCACAACGCCACUGUUAUUUCUAUGCACAACGCCGAUGUGAUAGCCAACCCCAACGCUGUGGCCAUCAGGGUGGAGCGUAACGAACCGGAGCGAAACACUGCACUGAAUGAUCUGAUGUGUUUGCACGAAACCACAGAUCAGAUCAGAGCUCCGGACUCACUGACGGAUAAUUUGUUUUUCUACAACCAACCUGUUGCCAUUUUUCACGCUCCAGCAUUCUUCCACUUGGAGGAGCAGCCGGAGCAUCCUCAGUGGAGCAAGUCGGCCACUCUUCCCCGCGCGGGGUCCGCAGCUGAGCCGCCGAGUCAAGACAGCUUUACGCAGGCUCUGCCAAAAGGUCCAUCUGCCAACCAGAACCAGGCAGCGGAAAAUGAGGACCAGCUCAGGGUUCUAGAGAGCUCUCUGGCUGAAACUUCACCCAACACAUCCAGGGGUCACUUCAGCCUCACGGAGUCAGCGUCGGUCCCAGGGACAUUGAAUAAAAUCAGGGCCAGUGGCAGACACUCCGUUCAUGCCUUGGCAGAACUUUCUAAAAUCCCCUCAACUCAGCCUCCUCGAGCCUGGUUUGUAUCACUGGAGGGCAAACCCGCAGCUGAGAUCCAUUACGCAGUGUCAGAGCAGCAGAGGCGGCGAAGGCCAGUCGAGAGUCGAGAAACCAGCUUAGACUCGGGCGUGGACAUGAGUGAACUGAACCAGACACCUGGAAGGAGGGCCGUAACGCUGGAGCGCAAAGCCACUUUUGUCAAAAGCAAUAAACCUGCAUCUCCACAGUAAAAGCCCUGAACACCUCCAUGCCUAUAUAGUCCUCUGAGUUUGUAUAAACAGCAUCGGUUCUAUCUGUGACUAAUUUACCUUCUUGCUGCUUCAUGUUUUACAUCGAUGUUAAGGUGCCAAUCCAAGUUGUGUUUAGAGGCCCAUUUCUACCAUCGGAUUUCACGCGGUCUGUGUUGCAACUGUUGCGCAUGUACGAAAGUGUGAACAGUCCAAAGCAGAGCAUGUGGAUUUAGCAGUUGUUUUCUAACAGCCUCUCCUGCCUCAAACAGAAGGUUUUAACAAGAAACAGAACAUUUUGCAAAGUGUCAGAUAUCAUUUCAUACUGUUAAGUUGCAUAGUUGCAGUUGCCCUAUUUGUCUGCCUCCAACGUGUCAAAGACAGCAACGUGAUUGAGAUAAAUGAGGUCAAACACUUCCAUAAUGACCACUCUUACAUUUUUAUUCCUCCCAGAUUAACAGACCGACUACCAUGGCUGACUGAACAUGACUAAGUGUUUGUUAGUUUAACUAUGCCACCUGAUUUGUCUUUGUGCAUAUUUGUUUGUGCAUGUUUUUUUUUAUAUAUAUUGUCAUGAAGUGAAUCAUUUUCAUAAUAUUUUAACAAUAAAAUAAAAAUUAACUUGGUGAAGCCAAUUAAUUUGACAUGAUUCUAACUCCUAUUAAGGAAUGAUAAGGCAUUCAUUUGAAUUGAAGGACCCUUUAAUGACUUUAAUAUCUGCACACACGUUCUGGAUGCUCUGCAGCUCUUUUUCAGCAGGUACAAUUGUGUGAAAAAGUGUUUGCCCCCUUCCUGAUUUCUUA